UUGAAACAUUGUUCAGCCUAUGACACGAGCUUACGUGUCCCCAAAAAAAGGAUCAAACAUAUCAUAUCUGCUAACGAGUAGAAACAUUACUUGUAUAUGUUCGUGUGUAUGUGUUUCAAUUUUCACUUUGGAAAAAAGACAUAAAAUAUGCAACGUAAGUACUAAUGAGCUUGGUGUUCAACAUAUGGUAGAAGUUAAAAAAAAGAAAAGAAGAAGGAAUGGAAGAAGCAAAUGAAGAAGGAGGUACUGAAAACGACGAUGAAAAAGAUAGAACCUGGUUAUAUGAAGUCCUUGAUAGUAUUGGAGCGAAUGAUGAGUAUAGGAAGACUUUUCAACGAAGUGGCAUUACGUUUGAGAUUAUUUGUACUUUUGGAUCCGAAAAUGAAAAGAUGGCCAAUUAUGGAGUUGGAGGUAAAUUGGAAGGUAUAUUAACACCAGGUGUUAAAACUGACUUUGAUGCUAUUUCAUGUGAUGACAAUGUUAUUGUCAUCGAGGACAUAUCAAAAGCUGUUCAAACCCGAUAUUCAUUAUUAAUCAUUAGAGAUCCUCGUACACAUGCUGGGUAUGAUAAAUUACAAAUCGUAAGGGGAAAAGUACCAGGAACAAUUACCGAUUUGUCUUUUUAUGACAGUAAAUUUAAAGGUUUGUUCGAAGUUGAUGAAUAUAAGCGAAUACUUCUGACUGAGAUUAUCAAUGAACAUAAAAAUAACAAACCUCAUAUGUCAAGACCCAAGAAUAAGCCUGCUGCAACCAUUGUAAAUUAUAAUGGUAUGAGUAUUGAUGUAGUCACCUAUUACAGGUCCAAACAGUGGCCUGUAGAGGCACGUGAAUGGCUGACCCGAAAGAGAUGCAAUGGAUGGCCAACAAAAGAUGUGAUUAAUGAGCUGAAAUCGCUUGGGUAUUUUCUUGUGAGAAAAGGUCAUGUUUUGUCUACCGAACAAAAUUUCGAAUGGAGAAUAUCUCUCACAUUACAAGAACGGAAUCUAAUAUUCGAUCUUACAGAUAUUCAAUUUAAAUGUUAUGUUGUUCUUAAAAUGUUAAAUCGUGAUAUUAUUAAUCAUGGUAAUGUGGAAUGUAUAACUACAUACCAUUGGAAGACAUGUUUAUUUUAUGUGAUAGAAGAGAAUAAUUUGGAUGUUUGGCGAAAAACUAAUCUUUUUCAAUGUGUUAAGCUGUGUACUACGCAAAUGUUAGAUUGGGUAAGACAAGGUUUCUGCCCUAACUACUUUAUUCUCAGUGAAAAUAUGUUUGAUGGAAAGUUACCUCACGAUUUGAGAACAGUGUCAGAAAACAAAUUAGUUAAACUUUUAGGUGACGGAUUUUGUUUUUUGAAGCAUGUAAAAUCUGACAAUAUACGUGACUAUUUCGAAGCACGGAGGUCUCCCGAAUUGUUCCAAAGUCUUCGGAGAGAUAGCAUUAAGGCAUAUAAAGACGUAAUAUACAAGACGAACAUACAAAUUGUCGAAGCUGCAAUGUAUGAAUUUUGUCUAUAUCUGACCAAUGAAAAACGUCCAAAUUUGAUUGAACUUCUUUGGCGAAUGUUAGCUCUUAUUCAACAAAAAGACCAUACUACUGAGCACACAACAGAAGAAACAAGACGUUCUCUAUUGCUAUUAACACCUUUUAUCUACAUGAGCUUGGCUAGUAAUAUUUCUGCAAUGUGUAUCCGUCAACCGAAUAUUCAGGGUCGCAAUUUCCUUUUGUUAGGAUCUUUUAUAUAUUUCUUUAAAGGUGGUUUAACUGGAUAUCUGAAGUUUAUAUAUGUGUUGUACGCUCUUGGUUGUUAUAAAGAAUGUGAAUGGUUCUUAGUUCAAAUCGACGAAGAAACAAUAAAAAAUAGUCGGUCUUACUGUAUUGGCCAUAGUUAUGAUAGUAUAUACGCUGUAAUAUCUCCAAAAGUUGUAAAUAUAAUUGGCAUUUCACAAUUAAGUAGAUCUACAUGUGUUUCAUUUAUGCCAACUGAACUUCCAAUUAUUCCUGACGCUGUGAAGUUUGAAGUGUUCAAGUACUCCACUAUUCCAUUAAUGAAAAGCGAAAGAGAAGUCCCUAAAACGCCUUGGUGUUAUGGAGCUGUUGUUGACAGGAAUAUUUACUAUUGCCUGCUCAGGUUCUUAAUAAAACUGAAAUUUAAGGGGGUCAAUUUGUCCGCGGACGAUAUACUUAAUAUUUAUCAAAUUGAAGAUUUAAGAAAUGUUCGGCAUCCUGAAGUAGCCUAAUAUGAUGGCUUGGAGUUACUUCACUGUUGGGUUGACACCUUUAGCGCUAGAAACAUUAACAAUGUCAUGGAAUCCGUUGUGUUAUUUAAAUGCAUUUUUGCUGGUUAAUAACAGUGAAAUUAAUUAUAAAAAUAACCAAUCAAAUGCAUCAAUCUUGCAUGCGUUGGUUAUAUUGUACAACACUUGGUUUACCAGAAAGUCAUCCAGGUUCAAUUUCUGCUUUCGGUGUUUUUUGCGUAGUAAUACAAACCUUAAAACAUGUAGCAAUUGCAAAACAGCCACAUAUUGUUCCGAAAAAUGUCAAGCAAUAAAUUUGAAGAUUCAUGAGGCUGUUUGUAAAGAUGUGAGAAAGUAUCUUUAUGUCUGACUUUUCCAUAUCUAUUAUCAAGUACAACUAACAUGACCAAAGUGUUUUAUCGUUUAAACAAAAUAUCAAGCAUGUAUCGAAUUUUCUUGUGUAUGUUAUUGAAGGAAUUUCUGAAUUUCAACAAUUUAAAGCAAGGUCAUUUAACUAAAUUUAAAUUAAAUGUGGAUUGUAUUGAGCAUUUUACCUUUACAACAAGAAGUAGAGAAAACAAAUAGUACCAUUUUUCAGUUUGUGAACCUGUUCCAGAACCUCAACUAUUGUUGACUAAAUCUCUCUUUUCUUUUCUAAGUUUAUAUAUGUGAACACAACAGUACUAAAUAACUGAUAACUCCACCUAAUUAAAGUUAUCGUACGAUUUCCAAUGAAAAAGUAAAAAAUGUACAAACGCCUUAUUUCAAACUUAUCAUUUCU